AUGGACAAGAGCGAGCGACUCCUCAACGACCUCCUCAAGAUCCCCGUCAACACCAUCUGCUGCGACUGCGGUGCCGCCAGUAAGAACCUCUCCCUCCCCUCCCUCACUAUGAAAAAAUGGGGCAACGGCAAGGUCAACUCUAUGUACAUGCCACACCCCGAGCGUCACCCACCACCAAUAAGCAUGGAGGGCAGUGCUAUGGAACAGUAUAUCCGGUCAAAGUACGAGCGAAAGGAGUUUAUGGAGGGCGGAGGAAAUUACCAGCCCUCGGGACGAUCUGCCUACGGAAACACUUUUUCAGGAGGACGCGGAACUGGGUCGAGGAACGACGUCGUCAACUCCAACUCUUACACGACUCAGAUGUCUGCCCUACGUGCUAUGGGUUUCAAAGACAAUGCAAAGAACCUCCAGGUCCUCCAAUCAACAGAUGGUGAUGUUCCUAAUGCCAUUGAGAUUCUGUGCCGUAUUGGCCAAGGACCCGUCAGUUCUCCGCCCAUCGCUUCUUCCAACAACAACAACAACAAUAACAACAUCUCAAGGACGUACAGUCGACCCUCGCCAUCUUCAAACAACAAUAAUAACAGUAAUAACAACGCCAGUCGCGAUCCCAAGGAGGCGAUUCUCUGGAACAUGGGUUUCAAUGACUCGGCAUUGAACAAGGAGGCGCUCCGUCGUGCUGGCGGCAACCCUGAAGUGGCGGCUGCGCUUUUGAUUGAUGAGAAGGACAAGCUGGCCAAGGCCGUGCGGGAAAAGGGAGGCUCAUCUUCGCCAUUGCCAGCUCGCUUGGAUCCUCCAGGCGCCAAGAAGUCUCAAAAGAGCGAGGACCUUCUGCUCGAUCUUUCGACUGAUGAUGACCAGCAGCAGCAACAGCAGCAACAGCAUAUGAUGAUGCAGCAACAAAUGCAGAUGCAGAACGCAUUCGGCAACAAUAACCAGCAAUGGAAUCAGCAAACCGCCGGUCUCGAUCAGUUCGGCCAAAACCAGAACCAGCUGCAGUCGAUUCUGGACAAGAACGCCCAGAUCCUCGCCCUCUACAGCAACGAGACCAACAACAACAAUAACAACAACAUGUUUGGCAACAACGGGAUGAACAACGCAUUUGGUGUUCAGCAGCAGCAGACUGGAUUCAACAACGAUAUGAACUCGUGGGCCAUGAACAACAACAAUAACAACAACAACCAGCAAAUGAACUCGGCGUUCGGGAUCCAGACAAGCAUGGCCACGGGUGCCAACAACAUGUUUGGCGACACCAACUCAAGUAUGGGUAUGGGUAUGGGCACCAUGGGCACCAUGGGCAUGAAUAACCUUCAGCAGCAACAGUUACAGCAUCAGCAGCAACAAAUGAACCCCUUUGGUGUAUCACAGGCGUCUCAGCAGCCUACCAGUAACGCUCUCGGGAACAACAUGUUUAACAACAAUAACAACAACAACCAGUUUGCGGGUAUGGGAGGCAACAAUGGCGGAGGACUCGGAUCACCGUUCAACUCUGUAUCGGCCACCACCAAUACCAACAACAACAAUAUGUUUGGACACAACCCAAUGGGCGGCAUGGGCAUGAACACCAACAACAACGGCAUGAACGGAGGGUUCGGCGCCGGCGGCAACUCGCCCUUUGGGAUGAACAAUAAUAACAACAAUAAUAACAACAACUUUAACAACAAUAACCCUAACCCUUGGGGCAACAACAACAACAACAACAACAACAAUCUCUUCUAA